AUGAGCGUUAAUCGCUACAAUUUUAAAGCAUUAAGUGCCAUAUUAAAGGAUAAAAUUCCUCAGCAUUUUGACAUUUUGCCACAUACCAGUAUCAAAUGUAUUAUCCACCCCUCUGUUAUAUUUACAAUCUUGGAUGCAUAUUUAAGAAGAGAUGAAGAUCAAACGCAUGUUAUUGGUACUCUGAUGGGGUCUGCCAUUGACACAAAUUUAAUCGAAAUUUCGGACUGCUUUGUUGACAAGCAUUCAUUGAAUGAAGGGGGAUUUUUGCAAAUAAUAAAAGAUCAUCACGAAACAAUGUACGAACUGAAACAGAAAAUCCGUCCAAGAGAUCAGGUAGUGGGUUGGUUUUGCUCAGGUUCAGAACUGUCUGAAUUAUCAUGUGCUGUACAUGGAUGGUUUAAAGAACAUAAUUCCAUUUCCAAAUUUUACCCUCAUUCACCUUUAAAUGAACCAAUACAUUUAUUAGUUGAUGCAGCAUUAGAAAGUGGUUUUUUAAAUAUUAAGGCAUAUGUACAGUUACCUAUUAAUAUGGUUAAGGAAUAUUUUGUUCAUUUUCAUGAAAUACAAACAGAACUAUUACCAUGUAAUGUAGAAAGAGCAGAGGUACUACAAUAUCGAGAAAAAGGAGCAUCAAGUAAGGAUAAAGAUACCAAUAGCAGUAUUGGUAAUAAUAAAGAUAAUGCAAUAAAUAAUGAUAUGAAUGAAAUAUCGUUAAAAAAAUUAUUAAUUAUGUUAAAACAUUGCAAAUCUUAUGUUCAAGAUGUAAUAGACAAAAAGAAAAAAGGAAAUCCAGGAGUAGGUAGAUAUUUACAUAAGGUUUUAUCAAAUGAUACAUUCUUAGAACUAGAAAAAUUUGAUUCAAUAAAUGAAAGCAUAUUACAAGAUAACCUUAUGAUAUCUUAUCUUUCGAAUUUAGCCCACUUACAAUUCUUAAUUGCUGAAAAGUUGAAUGCAUCAUCUAUGCAAUGA